AUCCACCCCCUCCUCCUCCUCCUCCUUCUCGUCCUCCCCCCUCCCCUCCCCUCCCCCAGUGUGCGUACGUGAGCCAAGCGAGUGAGAAGAGAAACACACACGUGAUGAAAACGGGAAUAGAGUGGCAUUGAUAUGACACAAUUCAAUAGAACCGAGAGAAAAUGACAUCCACUCGGAAAAGGAAAUCCAGUGCGGCCGAUGUAGACUGGGGUUCAGAGGCCAGGACGCUCGGAAAGGAAGGCAAAGAUUCAAGAGAAGGCAAAAUAGAUCGGAAAUGGGACGAAGACAAAGAUCAUCAGGUGGACGCUAAGGUUCCUCCGAUAAAGAAGUACCUGUUGUAUGCCCUCUCGUUUCUCUUGGGCUUUGCUGUCAUCUGGUUAUGGCCACUCACACACCAAGCCUCGGAACGUGCAAACGACGCCGCCUUAUUAACUUUGCGCACUCAUUUUACACCUGUUUCUCCUGAUGCCUUUGAUGAUUUUAUAGAUCGUGAGGAAUCGAGGUCAAGUUUGCAUGGCAUACUGACAUGGAAAACUGCAUCGGUUGCAUGGUCGUGGAUUCACCCCCAUGCCUUUGCCGCACUACUACCUGCCGAGGGAAUAGAUGCGAAACCUGGCCACGUGUGGAGACUGAUCCCCGAUACGUCUCGAGAGUUUAUGUACAGCAAUAAGUAUGUCCCACCUCCCCCAUCAGGAUCCGUAGAAGAGCUACUCUACUCCUUGUUGUCUCUCUUUCACCCACAACCCUUCUUGGUGUCCAGGUAUGGGCCUCGUGGAGCAGCUGCUGUGCUGAGAGCCAGGACCUUUGAUAGUCUAGAUAUCAUUUUCAGAUUGCAUGCAGAAUACCAGUUAAAUACCCCUCCUAGAAGACCUCUGUGGUUCACCCCAGCGGCUUUUAUGGGCAGGCUGGUUAUCAAUGUGACAGAUUACAGUGUUCAGCAUUUUGUUAUGGAUGUUCCCACUCAACAGAAGCUGAAUGUGGAUCUAGAGUGGCUAAUAGGACCCAAUGAGGAUGAAGACAUGGAAGUGACAAUAACACAUCUUGAACAAAUGCAGCUCUCAGCAGAGGGCUUGUCUGACCCAGGGAGCCUCAUGUGGUCCCAAGAAAUCACUUAUGAAAAAGCUCAUGACCUCCUGCAAAAGGAGUUUUAUAGAUAUAAGCAAGUUGAGUACCACAACUUCACUAAAGCUUUCUUCAAGGGUGUAAAGGAGCACCGCCCUGUACACACACUCAUCUUGUGGGGUGUUUUGGAGGAUCAAUCAUGCUGAGGGUCGGGCAGGGCACUGCGGGAGGGUCCUCUGGCCUCUCCUGUGGUGCAAGCCAUACUUCAAGACAGCUUUGUCUCCUCAUGGGCACUAGUCACUGAGUUAGAAACAUACAGUCAUGAUGAGUCCCUGGCUGGGAUUUCUAGGGCAGCUGGUCUUGCACUUGAUGCAUAUGUUUUCCCAGUUCAAGUGCUGGUUCAGCAUCCUUCAGGGUAUGUCAUUGCGGCCAUAAAUGCCAACGAACUUCUGGAAGCCGAGCUCAAUGAUACCAUGGUUUCUGAAGGAUUUUAUGACCCAGCAAUCUAUUCUUAUUACAAGUUCUUAGAGGAAGGGCUUCAGGAAUUCAGGCAGAUAUUUCAAGAAUAGGUGACCCAUGUAAGGUUGCUUGAAAUUCUGCUCGAUUUUUUUAUAUGAAAUGUAAUUUACAUGUGGAAAUCUUUAUAAAUGAAGUACAUGUUGCCUUUAACAUAGCAGACCCAGGUGUUACAGACAUUUGAUAUCCAAGGGCCUGAAAGUGCAGCAAUUCAAGCAGUCUAUCCUGAUAGUAAAAUUUUGUGUGCAUUAUGAAGAUGUUUAUUAUUGUAUCUAAUUGUAUUCCAGUGAUUGGAAAAUGGUCUAUACUCAUCUACUUCCACUGAGAUUUGGAUAAAUUUUUGAUGUUAAGCUGAAUGCAACAUGUUCAGAUAUCAUAGUUGCAUUUCUUGUGUUUAUCAUCAUCAAUCUGUCACUUGUCAAGGAAGUAUUGUCACCAACUUGUCAUGGUAUUUCACCAACCAACCAGGUGUCUCUCCACCUCAUUAAUUGAAAAACUGAUUAUAGUGAUAAUUAUGCAGUAUGACUUUAGGAAGAAGUCCUGGUAAUAGAAAGAAUUGGGUGACAGAGAAUAUUUAUAAAUAUAGAAUAUAAACAAUUCCUGACUCUUUGAACCAUCAACAUUCAUUGACAAAAGUUUGGCACCUUAAGUCUGUUAUGUUGAAGAAGACUGUAUAUCUCGUUGUCAUUUUGUGAACAUGUUAUUUCUGAUUUGAAAUCUAUCCGGUGAUAUUUGUAAGCUAAUAUAGAAUGUAAAAAUAUUCGAGCAUACCAUGACAUAGAGUUUAACUUUGACUGUACUGUGAUAAAAUUAAAAGGUCUAGAAUGGGAAAGUUCUGUUAAGUUUUGAAUUAUUUGGUGGGUUCCUGAAGACAUGUUAUUUUGAGCAAUGCAUUGUUUUGAGUUACUGAUCACAUACAUUAAUGGUGAUAAUUAUGUAAAGAGUGAUACUGUAAUUUGUGUGGAGAACCUGAAUUCUGGUCAACCUUGGGUUAGAUAAGAUGCCGGUAAUUUCUCAAGAAGAAGAAUCACAGAAAUUGUAUAUUCUUUGUGUAUGUAUGUAACUUAUCAUUAAUGCCCAGUUGUCUCUGUAACAGUGGAUAUUCUUUAUACAUGUCAUGGUGACUUACGUGUUUCCACUGGCAUCAAAGGGGAUAUGUCCUUGCCCCCGCCAGAAUCAGCAGCAAGGGGUAGUAAAUGUCGCAAGCUGAAUUGUAUUGUAAUAUGAAUAAUUUUUUUUAGGAGACCUUCCCUAAGAGGGGGUUGAGUAGGGGGUGAGAGGUCAAACUGAUAAAUAUUGAUAAUGAUAUAGGCAUUCCAUGUCUAAAUUUGUGGGGGUUUGGUCAUGGAGGCAUUUUAUGUACAUUUUCAUAUGCUUUCUAAAAGGUAUGAACAAUAUUGGAUUGGAUAAAAACUUUGACAGGAUUGGUAUAGGAGAUCAGUAAGAUAAAAAUAAUCCUUCUAUCAAAUAUUAUCAUCAAAUUACUGUAGAAACUGUAGUAAUUUCAAAUGCUUUUUGUUACAUGAAUAUAUGCAGAUUGGUUUCCAAGUUACAACAGAAGCAAAACAGUUGACCCCUUUGAAAAGUAGAAAAAUGCAAAAUUCUGGGAAUGUGAACAUGAAUGUGACAGUGGGUGCUGUGCAUUGUGGUUCCCUGCUUACUGUAAGCAAAUGAGUCAUGUUUUAUUGUUCGGGAUAGUCUCAUUACUGCUCAUGCAUUAUAACCAUUAUGUCAAAAUCAAAUCAUAUGUACCACAUAUAAUAUGUUGUAAAAUAUCUGUUAAUUUAUAUAUUUAUUAUUAUUUUUUUUUUUAUUUUUUUUUUUCUUUAAUUACAGGUUCUUCAAACUAAGACUCUUUUGUCCUCUUAUGAUCUGUUUCAGUAAGUGAUUUCAAAAUACGUUUAAUUUUUGCUCCAAUAUGGGAUGUAUACUUGUUGAAAUUGAAAAAAUAUGCUGACUCAGCACAGGCCCAGCUUAAAGUAACCCUUUUGCUAUACUGCCAAGUAUUUCUUCACUGGGUAAUUCUACAUUCAUAUAAAAGUGUGAAAUAGUGUAUAACUAAUUCUUCGACCUCCUGACCCAGAACCCACCCCCCUUGAGCUUAGGGAUGGUCUCCAUAAGGGAGCUUUUCUAUUCUCUAAGUGGCUUGAGAAGAAAGUAACGUCUUGAGGAUAUAGACUCAAGUGUAACAGAGCUUACUAAAACAAAUUUUGCUGCUUUUGAAUAAUGUUAAGAUAUUCUCAUGGAAAACUCUAUUCUCAGAGUUCUGUGCAUAAUUUCUCAAUUAAAAAUACAGCUUUAUUUUUGCUAGGAAGUAACAGAAACAUAAUAGACAGAGUAUUCUCAUAAUGAAUGUUGCUUAAUUUGAUUGGAAAAUAUUUAAAAAGUUAUGUGAUGCAUGCACUCUCUUUUGUUAACAAAAAUUAACAAAAUUGGGCAAGAAUGCCAAGUUAUUCGGUGUUUGAAAUUUGUCGCUUGAGUUAUCUUAUUCCCCGAAAAGUACUGUUAACCGCAGCUAGUACGGAUAAGGGUUCCAGAGCUACCUGUGGUACCUCUAGUAAUACCAGUGAUAGAACUGAAGCUAUCACUGCUGACACAUUUUCAAUUCCACUAACAUAAUUUCUCUGAUUUAUUCAUUAUUCAUAUUUACUUAUCAUUAUUCUUGAUAACAUUAUUAUGUUAUUAUGCCAUGAUUUUGGGGAGCAGUACAUAGGGGACCUUCAUGUUGUUAUAGAGGUAUUUCUUAAUAGGUUUUGAUUAGCCAGUACUUUUUAGAUUUGCGCAUUAAUCAUUGGAAGGCAAUUUUGAAGUAUGGAAUAUCAGCAGUACUGCCCACCUUUGGGAAAUUGCACUUAUUCAAGAAGGAUUUCUUGCAAAACUCAUUUAAUUUUUUUAUUGAUCCGGUGAUUUUGCUAUCAGGAAGAUGUAGAUUGUGGAGAUAAAUGUAGGUAUAAAAUAUUUUGUGAUAGUUACAUAUUUGGGAAAGUCAUGUAUUUCAGUCUGUUACUAUUGAUAUUAAUGAUAAUAAUAUAUUUACUUUCAUGACAGAAAAAAAUAACAAACCAACUUUUUAUUAAAAAGCGAAGUGACAAGUUUGGAAAUCAAUCUAGAUGUCAUUAUUAUGUAUUGUUGGAAUUUAAAACUUGUUUCAUUAUGUUUGAUUUUUUUAUAUUAUUAUUAUUAUUAUAAUUAUUUUUAUUUUUGAUAAAGAACAUUAUCUUAUGUCUUGUUUUGUUGCACAGGGAUGUAGUUUAUUAGUUUAUUAGAAUUGUUCACAUUCAGAUUUUGGAACAGAUGUUUAGCAAGGUUUGCAAACUAUGAAGCUGAAAUAGUAAAACUAAUGGUGUGUUUCGGCUGAAGACUCUCGUGCAAGCCUUACUAACAUUCUGUUGCACUUCUGAUGUACCCUUUACCAAAGGCUUUCAGAAUGUUUAGAAGUGAUACUGCAGAGGACUGUGAAACAAAUGAUUUAAAGAAAGGUUUUUUGCAUUUUGAAGUCCUAGCUCUAGAUUUUUUCGUUCAUUCUUUUUCUUUAAGGAAGGAAUAUUUCUCUUAAAGGGAUUUUGAUUAUGCUUCCAGAUAUGUGAUAUAUAUGUAUGGAAAAUUAAAUAUCUUAGUUUAAAAUGCAUUUAUUUAUAAAAGAAAUAUUUUCAUUUAAUAGCCAUAUAUUUUUUUUAAUUUUUUUUAGUUUGAAAGGCAUAUAUUUGUAAAAGAAAUAUUUGAUUUUAAAAAGCAUAUCUGUUCUAAGUAAAUUCUUUGGUCAGAUUUAAAGUAUUUUCAUACCAUAUGUUGCUGAUUUGAAUAGCAAAAUAUGCUUAUGUAUUCUUUUGAACUGUCUUCCACAGUUUAUGAUAGAUUUGGCUUUCAUUACAUAGGCAGACAUGGGGAGUGUAAAUUUCAAUAGGAAAUUGUUUAAGAAGAACUAAUAUUGUAAUUAACAGUAGAAGAAAGAGAACUUAUUAAAUAAUAAGUAUUAGGAGAAUGUAAAAGAUGAAUUGCAUACAAAAAAGGUUAUAUAAUUUAGUGUAGUUUAUAUCCAUGGUACAAGUACCAAAUGUUUUCAAAUUAUUUUCUCUCUCCUAUAUUGGGAAACUAGAUAACUGGACUAUUUGCCUGGAUACCAUAAAAGGUUUAGAUUAAUUAUACACACGUAAAUUCAAAUAUAUACGUGCCUAGACAUUUGCGACUGCGAAUAGCCUUGUAAUUGAAAAAGAAAUUUGUCUUUCUUCAGUUGCAAGAUGUGAUUUUUGUGUCGUAUAAGUUCUCAGUAUCACCAAGGUCACUUUUUGAUCAAUUGACUUUAUUUAUUUUUUUUUAUUGUUUAAUAUAUAUCUAUAUAUUCUUCAAGUGCCAUGGUAUAGGUAGAGAAAUUAGUAUGUAUUUUUUUUUGAGCUCAGAGAAAAUGGUAGGGAAAGAAGAAGCAAAAAUGAAAAUAAUAAUGAUUGGUGCCCUUAAUUUGUAAAAACGUUCUCAUUCUGUUACUUAAUUAUAGUUGUGGUGGUGUUGUCUCGUAAAAAUUGAAAAGUGGAAUGUAUUUCUUUCAGAGGAGAUAUACUGUAUAUGUUUUAUUUUAUUUGUUGAAAUAUUAUUUUUUGUAUGAAUCAUGAAACACAUAGACUAUAUAAAGAUAAUAAAAUCUGUAAAUUUAUAAGAAAAUAAAGAUAUAUAUAUCCA